AUGGAUUUCAUAUCAGGAUUGCCUAAGACUCGACGAGGUUUUAAUGUGAUCUGGGUCAUUGUUGAUAGACUCACAAAAAUAGCUCACUUUAUCCCGGGUAAAAGCACAUUUCGAGUGGAUCGAUGGGCUCAGUUAUACGUUCGAGAAAUAGUUCGUUUGCAUGGCGUGCCUACUUCCAUUGUGUCUGAUCGCGAUGCUAGGUUUACCUCUCAGUUUUGGAAUGGUCACAAACGCGGCAGUCUAGAAAAUCAGAUCAAGGAUACUUACUGCACAAAGCUGACAAAAGAGUUACGUCGACACUCGAAGAAAGGACAUCGAGUUUGCGGUGGGCUAACAUGUUUUCCUAAAGGUAGCACCCAUGUGAAAGUGUUAAGAUUCGAGAAAAAGGGUAAACUUAGCCCUAGGUUCGUAGGUCCCUUCGAAAUCCUUAAGAGGAUUGGUGCUGUAGCGUACAGGUUGGUGUUGCCACCCACUGUUGCCACUGUGCAUAACGUAUUUCAUGUAUCCAUGUUGAGAAAGUACACGCCAGACCCCACGCACAUCAUUGAGGACGAAGCACUUCCGCUUCGUGAGGAUCUAUCUUACGAAGAGGCCCCAAUCAAAAUUAUAUCUCGAGAUGUCAAGCGAUUGCGAAACAAGGAGAUUCCCCUUGUCAAAGUCUUGUGGGGUAAUCAUCUGGAUAGUGAGGCUACCUGGGAGCGGGAGGAUGACGUUAGGAAGUCUUGCCUUAAACUCUUUCUGGAACAACCAACUUUCGGAGACGAAAGUUCUUAA